AUGGCCUUACCACACCUCCUUGCCGCCUGCAAGGACGCAGUGUGUGUUGCAGAGGAUUACGGCGUUGCUUUUUAUGCCCCAAAGAACCUAAAGAAAUUUCGUGUGGAGUCGCUCAGCGGGGCGCGUGUCGUUGGGCUGUGUGUUUCGGCAAGCGCAGGUGGUGAAAUGCAGCUUCACGUUGUUGACGCCGAGGCAAACUGGUUUCUAAUCUCCCUCGCCCACGUGGAGGUACUGGCGUCCUCAUCCAUUAAGUGGGGCGAAGAUUCUUCGCCAGAGCCUGGAAACAGGCCGGUCGUCUCGAGUCGGCGAGCUGCGCUGGACAGGAGCCGCGUGCAGAGGGAGGGGGGGAUUUUGGAGGCGCACUUUCAUGAGGCGCGGGGGGAACUUCAUUGCGUCUUCCUCGCAGCCACUGGAGUCUACGAGGCGUCGCUGCGGGACACGUCGCUGAUAAGGGCGGAGCAGAUCAUAUCUUUCCCCAUCGCCCUGCGUGACUGCACCAUGGCAGCAGGAAGGUCAACUGGCCUGGUUCUCGUGGGGCAGCGCGGUGAGAGGUGGGCGCAGUACUCCAUGCAUGGCAAUCGUGAUGCUCACAGCCCCAGGCAGCUCGCGCUGCCUGUAGGCAUUCAGAGCUUAACAUGCAAUCCGGUUCGCAACUCGGUGGCUGUGGGUGGCACACGCGGGGAGCUGGUAGUAUUUCCUUCCGUCACUGAGAGCCACUACUUCUCGGAUCAUUGGCAUCAUACCCCCCUGACCGCCUUGAGUUUUUCAGUAGACGGCAAUUCACUCUUCUCGGGGGCCAGGGAAUCGGUGAUGUUAGUGUGGAAUAUGUCUUCCUACGCCUAUAAGAAGGUUGGAUGUAGCCUAGGACCAAUUCGCUGUAUUCUGCCCUCUGCCUCUGCCUCUUGUGGAUCGCAACUUGUACUCGCCUGCGCAGAGUCAACGCUUGCCACGCUUGACCUGCUGCAGAUGCGAGUGGAGGGGUUUAUUGAGGGCGUUCAAUGGUCUGCGGCUGAGGCCUGCAGUGGACUUGUCGUGGGACGGUGGAUGGGGCAACCUGCCGUGAUUCUUACUGGGUUGCCCAACGUGCUGCGCGUGUGCGACCCCUUCACCCAGCAGUCGCUUUACUCGCUUCACAUUUCCUCUCAGAUGGAGACGAUUCCCAUUCCUCCUCGCCAUGGCAUUCAGCACGUGGGAUUACUGAAUGAUAACCGGACGAUUGUGACGUAUGAAGAGUUUGCAGGCACUUCGCUUCCUCCCUUGCUGCGCUUCUGGGCCUAUGACACACACACCAAACAACAUGUGGAGACACAAGUCAUUUACUCGCCUCACAGUAGUCGUGUGAUUGCGCUGCAAACCGAUGAAGUACGUGGACGCGUCUUUACGCUUUGUGCCAACGCGAUGAAGUGUUGGGGAGAAGUAACUGAGAACGUGAAUGACGCCUACGCCACAGGCCAGAAGGGUUGGGCAAAUAAAUCUACCUCGGCAACGCCAUCGCACCUUGUACAGGACAUGAUUCUUGCCACCGAUGGCUCACUGUGCUUUGUCUCAGACGACAGUGUACAUGUCUAUGGCGUAGCCAACGUCUACCCAGGGCAGCCUUGGCACCGCCUACUCACACUCACGCAGUUGGUUUCCUUGGCGCCUCUGCAGGAACUGCAGCUGCUGAGCGACAACCGAGUCGUGGCGGCCCGUGAUGAGACGAGAGUGUAUUUUUGGUCACUAGUCGUACCUCAUCGGCCUGCAGUCAUCUGGAAGGCGAAUCACGCCAGUGUGAGAGCGAUGUGUUCGUGUUCGGCUACCUCUGUUCUGGUGGCGACCAGUGAUGGAGGGUUUAGCGAGCUCUGCGGUGCAGCGCAGCAGAUGGGGGAGGAAUUAGGGCGGCACGCCUCGGCGACCAUCCCGCACCGCAUUACUUUCAUGCGGUGUCUUCCGGGGGCGGGGAAGGAGCGGGUGGCGGUGGUAGACGAGGUCUCCGGCUUCCGCGUGCUGCACGUCGCGCUGGCGGCCACCAACGCGCAGGAGGUAAAAGAGGGGCAGGCCGAAGAAGACGGUGUGUGGGUGCAGAAGUUCGAAGGAACAAGCGGCCAGGCACCGCGUGUCGGCGGCGACGAAAAGCAACUGGGGCACUUCUUCCACGACGUUGCCCACACCAACAAGCCCUCUGAGGUGGGGAGGGAGGAGUCGUCGCUGGGCGCGGCGCGUCGCGCGACGGAGGCGAAGAAGUGGCUGGGGGAUGUCCUGGCGGAUUCCGCCUACACGGCGCCGCCCAUGAGCUCCGUGCUCUCGUCGUACCUCAAGAAGCGGUCCGGUAUUCCAACCUUGUGA